GGCCGGCGACGCGACUUGCUGCGAGGACCAUUGAAUACCUUUCCCCCCCCGGCGCGGGUUGUCCUCACUACUUAGAAUUUUCAAAAGCAACAACUCUCACCAUGUCCGUCGAGUAUCUGUUGCACGAGUCCCCGGUCGGCUAUGCCGUCUUCAAGGUCAAGCUCCAGGCUGACACGGUCGGCAACCGCCUGAAGGAGGUCCAGCAGAAGGCCCAGGAGCUUCAGACUUUCGGCAAGAUGGUCGAGGUCCAGGGCUUCUCGCCAUUCCAAGGUGCCGCGCAAGCGCUCGAGAACCAGAACGACAUCUCGGAGGGCAUUUGCUCCAACUACCUCAAGUCCGUCAUCGAGCUCUACGUCCCGAACCCCGGCAAGAAGAACAAGGUCGUUCUGGGUGUCCAAGAGAAGAACCUGGCUGGUAGCAUCAAGGCCAACUUCCCCUUCAUCGAGUGCGACACGGCCGAAGUCAGCGAGGUUGUCGCUGAUCUGCUCCGUGGUCUCCGUCUCCAUGCCCCCAAGCUCCUCAAGCAGCUCCAGGAAGGCGAUGUCGACCGUGCCCAGCUUGGUCUUGGCCACGCCUACUCUCGCGCCAAGGUCAAGUUCAGCGUCCAGAAGAACGACAACCACAUUAUCCAGGCCAUUGCGACCCUCGACCAGCUCGACAAGGCCGUCAACACCUUCUGCAUGCGCGUUCGUGAGUGGUACAGCUGGCACUUCCCUGAACUCAUCAAGAUUGUUUCGGACAACCAGAAGUACGUCCAGCUGGCCAUCUUUAUUGGCGACAAGACCACUCUGAGCGACGAGAAGCUGCACGACCUGGCUGCGAUCGUGGACGACGAUGAGGGCACUGCGCAGGGAAUCAUUGAUGCCGCGAGGGUUAGCAUGGGUCGCGAUAUCUCGGAAACCGACAUGGAGAACGUUAUGAUGUUCGCCGAGCGCGCUCUCAGCCUGUCGAAGUACCGCAAGUCUCUUCAUAACUACCUGAUCAGCAAGAUGGGCGUUGUUGCGCCUAACCUUGCUGCUCUCAUUGGCGAGACUGUCGCUGCCCGCCUGAUCUCCAAGGCUGGUUCGCUCACCAACCUGUCCAAGUACGCCGCUUCCACGGUCCAGAUUCUUGGUGCCGAGAAGGCGCUUUUCCGCGCCCUCAAGACCAAGGGCAACACCCCCAAGUAUGGUCUGAUCUAUCACUCUUCGUUCAUCGGUAAGGCUGGCCCCAAGAACAAGGGCCGCAUUUCGCGCUUCUUGGCCAACAAGUGCACGAUCGCCUCGAGAAUCGACAACUUCUCCGAGGUUCCCACCACCAAGUUUGGUGAGGCUCUGAGGAGGCAGGUUGAGGAGAGGCUCGAGUUCUUCCAGACUGGUUCCGCGCCGACGAAGAACGAGGUCGCCAUGAAGAAUGCUAUGGACCAGGUCCUUGCCGAUAUCAACAUUGACGACCCGACGGCCGCCGGCGCCGAGGACGAGGAGAAGGCCGAUGGCGUGACGUCGCAGGCCACGGAGCAGAAGCUUCGCGCCAAGAAGGACAAGAAGGAGAAGAAGAAGGACAAGAAGAGCAAGACGGAUGAGGAGGGCGAUGUGGCGAUGGCCGAUGCGACGCCCAAGAAGGAGAAGAAGGAGAAGAAGUCCAAGGACGAGGACAAGGAGGAGAAGAAGAAGAGGAGGCACAGCGAGGUCGUCGGCGACGGCGAGGAGAAGAAGAAGAAGAAGAAGAGCAGAAAGUCGGAGUAAGCCUUAUCUAUGGAAUAGGGCAGAGAGGGAGGCUGGAAAAAAAGGGCGAUAUUUCUGCAUGACACGGAGGGAGUGAUCUUUGACUGACGGGUACAACGUUGCCACUGUAACCGAUAUGGCGGCGUAUACGGCGCUUUGCGAAUACCGGGCUUUUUCAUUUGAGUUGGGACGGGUUCUGUUGUUAAUGUUUUUGAGCGCCGCUGAGGUCGCGCAUUUGGCUGCAUGACUGGCAUUCGAAAAAAAAAUAUAUAUGAGAUUAAAAUCAUUGUAUGUACGUGAGCUCUACCGGCUAUUUCCAC